GGCAUCAGUUGCUUUUUGUAGACGUUCACAUUCAGUAUGCAGAUCAUCCUGCUUCUCUCAGUUAUUGCUGCUGCUCUUCUCCAAGGAUCUUCAGCAGAUCCCAGUUCCCCAGAUCUUACCAGUCACUGUGGUGGAUAUUGCUUUAAUGCCUUCAAGCCUAUGUUUGAUCUCAUGGGCAAUACUCAGACCGCUAAACUCAUCGAAACCCAAGAAAAGUUGGCGAGCCUGGAAGCACAGCUGGUGGAACUCAAGGAGAAAUUAAGUGACAGUGAGGCAUCCUUGAAAUUUGAAACAUCCGUCACCACCAGGAUAAAUCCACGAGGUUUUGUAAAGAUCAAGUCAAGGUUCUUCUACAUUGAAGAUCGCUUCAGGCUAAACUUCUAUAGUGCCUUGAUCAUGUGUCGCCAGAUGGGCGCCUACCUGGCAGUCAUCCGAAACGAGGAGGAACUGACCGCAUUCGAAGAGGAACUCAAUGCACGUCACAAAUAUUGGCUUGAUAUUAGCAGACUGACAAACGACAGCGAACAAAAGUAUAGUUCUUUGAGUUCCGGCAAGGAUGUUACCUUUUUAAAGUGGGCCCACAACGAGCCCAGGGACUAUUUCCAGACGGAAGCCUGUGUUACUAUUUUCAAUAGCACCAUGACCACCGAACCUUGCGGCGACGGUUUUUAUUUUAUUUGCGAGGCAAUUGAGUGAAAAACAAGAAGUGUUUUAUUUUAAAGGGUAUUUUAUAUAAUAAACGAAUUUUAAAAUAAAUAAAUAAAUUCCUAUUAUAUUUUAUCAGACCAAAAAAA